CAAAAGAUUUAUUUGAAAGAGAAAUCUUCCAUCUACUCAUUCAUUUCCCAAAUGGCUGCAACAACCUGGAUCUUCUUUAGGGACUCCAAGCUGGUGACAGGAGCUUAGAUCCUUGGGCCAUCUUUGCUUUUCUGAGGCCAUUGGCAAGGAGCUGGAAUGGAACAGCUAGGACAGGAGCCAGGAUUUGCAUGGAAUGCCGGCAAAGGCUUUACCUGGUAUGCCGCAGUGCUGGGCUCUUCCAGGUAUAUUUGUAACACAGAAUUGAUGAUGUAGAUGUUCAUCAGAUACACUUUGAGAAUGAAAGUAACUUUGGUUUUGCAUGUAAAUACUAAUAAACUCUGUGAAAAUAAAAGUAAAAUGAGGUCUUCAUACCAGUUGAGCAAUUCUAUGCCAGGCAGUGUAAUUUUUCUCAGUGUAAUCCUCAAAAUAUUCCUGUUAGUGAUAUCCAUUACAUGGUUGAGAAAACAGAUUUAAGCAGGUUGUCAUUUGCUAAGUUCCUAAGUGAUGGCACUGUGAUGUAACUCUAUAAUCUAGGAUAAUGUAAUUCAAUUAAAAUAGCCCUCAGUUUUUGCCUUGCAUAGCUGGAUAAAGUCUCUAAGCAGGAUUUGCGGUUCAGAGCGCUGUUUCCAAAAAAAUUAAAUAUUCUAUAUCUCAGGUAUUGUUGAGUUGUUUUCAUAGUAGAAUUUAAGACUCCUUUAGUAAGGUACAAUAAUCAGUUUGGAUUAUGUGAUAUUUAGCAUGAAAAUUUCAGUGUUCAAUCAUAAGCUUUUAUUUAAUAAACAAUAUGGUAAUUAUGCUUGUAGUCUUUAGUAGUAGGGUUUAAUGUUUCUACUGGUUUGUUUUCACGUGUGUUGUGUUCUUUUCAAUCUCAGCAAAUUGUACAGUGACAGUUACGCAUGGUUUUAAAAAUGCCUGAAAUUUAGUGGCUGCCUUCUCCCCAACUGCUAAGAAAUAACCCAUGUGAUGUCUGAGAGAAGCGCAUUUAAAAAGAGUGUUGCAAAUGGCUUCAGAAUCUGUGAAUGCAAAACAAGCGAGGAGUCACUUCACAAAGGGCAAAAGGCAGCAGCACCAGCAAACGAAGAACAGAUCCUCACUGAACGAUGGCGAGGGAGAAGACUCCUUUAUCUUUGAAGCGAAUGAAGCUUGGAAAGAUUUUCAUGGCUCGCUUCUUCGAUUUUAUGAAAAUGGAGAACUCUGUGAUGUCACACUAAAGGUUGGUUCAAAGCUCAUCUCUUGUCACAGACUGGUGUUGGCUUGUGUUAUUCCCUAUUUCAGAGCCAUGUUUCUCUCUGAAAUGGCUGAAGCCAAGCAGACGGUGAUUGAGAUCAGAGAUUUCGAUGGUGAUACAAUAGAAGACUUGGUAAAGUUUGUCUAUUCUUCCCGGCUCACUUUGACUGUUGACAAUGUCCAGCCUCUCUUAUAUGCAGCCUGCAUUCUGCAGGUUGAACUGGUGGCCAGGGCUUGUUGUGAGUACAUGAAGUUACAUUUUCAUCCGUCUAAUUGCCUAGCAGUCAGAGCCUUUGCAGAAAGUCAUAACCGCAUGGACUUAAUGGACAUGGCAGAUCAGUAUGCCUGUGAACACUUUCCUGAAGUUGUGGAGUGUGAGGACUUUGUAAGUGUGUCACCCCAGCACCUUCAAAAGCUUUUGUCCUCUAGUGACCUGAAUAUUGAGAAUGAAAAGCAGGUUUACAGUGCUGCCAUCAAGUGGCUUCUUGCCAAUCCUCAGCAUCAUUCCAAAUGGUUGGAUGAAACGCUUGCACAGGUUCGUCUGCCAUUAUUGCCAGUUGACUUUCUUAUGGGUGUUGUGGCAAAAGAACAGAUUGUCAAGCAAAAUCUAAAAUGUAGAGAUUUAUUGGAUGAAGCAAGAAAUUACCACCUUCAUUUGAGUAGCAGAGCAGUGCCUGACUUUGAAUACUCCAUUCGGACCACCCCAAGGAAGCAUACUGCCGGUGUGCUGUUUUGUGUAGGAGGUCGAGGUGGAUCUGGUGACCCCUUUCGUAGUAUUGAGUGCUACUCUAUCCACAAAAACAGCUGGUUCUUUGGUCCAGAAAUGAAUAGCCGAAGACGACAUGUUGGUGUAAUCUCUGUGGCAGGUAAAGUGUAUGCAGUAGGCGGACAUGAUGGAAAUGAACAUUUAGGUAGCAUGGAGAUGUUUGAUCCUCUCACUAAUAAAUGGAUGAUGAAGGCAUCAAUGAACACAAAGAGGCGAGGAAUUGCCUUGGCCUCCUUGGGAGGCCCAAUUUAUGCAAUUGGAGGGUUGGAUGAUAACACCUGCUUCAGCGAUGUGGAGAGAUAUGACAUAGAAUCGGAUCAGUGGAGUGCAGUGGCCCCAAUGAACACACCUCGUGGAGGAGUUGGCUCUGUGGCUCUAGUGAACCAUGUUUAUGCAGUAGGUGGCAAUGACGGAGUGGCUUCUUUAUCUAGUGUAGAGAGGUAUGACCCACAUCUCGACAAGUGGAUAGAAGUUAAAGAAAUGGGUCAGCGAAGAGCAGGCAAUGGAGUUAGUGAACUUCAUGGUUGCUUAUAUGUUGUUGGUGGUUUUGAUGAUAAUUCUCCUCUGAGUUCGGUUGAGCGGUAUGACCCUCGAAGCAACAAGUGGGACUACGUUGCUGCACUUACCACCCCCAGAGGCGGAGUGGGCAUCGCCACGGUGAUGGGCAAAAUCUUUGCCGUGGGUGGUCAUAACGGCAAUGCAUAUUUAAAUACAGUCGAAGCAUAUGAUCCAGUGCUGAAUAGGUGGGAGCUGGUGGGCUCCGUGGCACACUGCAGAGCUGGAGCAGGCGUCGCUGUGUGUGCGUGCUUAACCAGCCAGAUCCGAGACGUGGGCCAUGGCUCCAGCAACGUGGUUGACUGUAUGUAACUUGAGUCCCGGCAUCAGCAAUUUAAUCAUAUCUGCUGGUCAUGAAAAACGAGCAACAGUUUUGAUUUUUCCACCUUUGAGGUUUUAACUACAACUAUACAACUAGAGUCUUACUUAAAUGUUAACUGUCAUAUUAAGACAAGUCAGCUUUUAGAAUGAGAGCUAAAGAAUUAUUAGUAAUGAAUAUUUUCUGCUGUAGCAAACAAGGGAAGGAAAACAGUGUAACUCAGAACAAGACCUACUCUAAAAAAUGUGUCACGUAGUACCAAACAUCUGAGGUUUCUUUUAAUUUGAAUGAUUCAUGUUGUGAUUUUUUGAGUUUAAAUUUUCUUCCUUUUGUUAACCUGAGGUGUUAACCUCGGGCAGAGGAUUUUCUCUGGAUGCCGAUCGGAAGUUGUUCACCAGCACAGGAACACAUAAGGAACCGCUCCCAUCUCUCCUUGGUGCUGAGGAAUUCUGCCUUUUCCCCCCUAGGUGUUGAAUUUUCAAUUUCUCUGGUGUUUACAGAAAUAGGAAAAUGUUGUGUCUUUCUAGUGCCACUUGACUGCAGAGGAAGACUGUCCGAGCUGCUGUGUUGCAGUUUGAAUUGCUCAGAUACCCGGAGACCUAGCUCUGCUCAUUCCCUCCACCUGAGUCUGUGGUUUUGUUUUCUCAUUUUCUGCUAAGAGGAUUUGUUUCCUGAUCAGCACAGCAUGAGCUAGAGGAAAUGUUGGAGAAGGCUCUGAAGCCGAGGUCCUGUGAGGCCCAGCAGAAGGAGUGAGCCAACUGCCUGACUGCCUAGUGGGGGACUCCCAGAGGACCGCUCUGGAAGCUCAUCUGGUCAAGUGAUUUUGAGCCCAGAAUUUGUUAUCUUUCUCUUACAUGCUUGCCACAAUCCCUGGUGUUUCUCACUGUACAGAAACUGGAUUUAUUUAUCAGAAAAUAAUGCAUUUUUAGAAAACCUCUUUAUAGACUGCAGUUCAUUCAAGUCCAUGUUAAUUAAUAAAACAUAUCACUGGAGAAAA